GGGCCAAAGGAACUUGAUGCCCAUUCAGAGUGGCAGCAAGGGCCAGAGUUUCUACAUCUUCCAGAGAGCGAGUGGCCAGUUAUGUCGUCAAAAGAUGUGUCUUUGACAGCUCGAGAAAGCAUUAACAAUAUGCAAAAGAAGUCAUUUGUGGCAGCACUCACAAGAGCCCAAGCGGAAAAAAGUCUUCCAAGUCUUGUGGGACGACUUCCUGCUGGUGCAGCUGUCCUAAACUUGGUGGAUGAGAGGCGCUUUAGUAGCCUAAAGUGUCUAAUCAAGACUGUUGCUUUUAUCUGGAGAGCCGCCAAAAAGUUUGCAUCUGCAACAAAGUCUAUUGAGAACCCAAAGUGGGAGGCGAUUCCCACAAAAGGAGUUAUCACCGCCACAGAACGUCAAGAAGCAAUAAGAGACAUCUAUCUUGCUGCUCAAGAAGGGGUGACGUUCCCAGCUACCACUACGGACCGCUUGGUUGUGUACAGAGAACCAGAAUCUGGGUUACUAGUUUGCGGUGGGAGAAUCCAUGCCUUCAGGGAGGAUGGCGCUGCAGUUCCCCUUCUGCCUUGUAAUGCAUGGGUCUCUACUUUAUUGGCACGGGAGGCGCACGAUGAGGGUCAUGAAAGUGUGGCUGCAACCCUGCUGAAACCUCACCGAAAUGGGGCUGCUGAAGCCGCUGUCCGCAUUCUCAAGAAGGCACUCCAGAGCCUGGGCAACAACACUGGCCUCAGCUACAGCGAGCUUCAGACAACACUACAACUUGCUGCAAACCUUGCCAACGAAUGCCCAAUAGACGCCCGGGUGCAGAGCCAUGAAGAAAGCGUGCAGUAUGUGUCACCCAACACACUUCUCCUGGGCCGAGCCUCUCCAAGCGGUGAGAUCAGAACAUUUGACUUUGCAAACUACCCUUAUAAGAGACUCAGAGAAAUGCAGAACCAGGUCAACAAGUUCUGGAGGUCUUGGAGCCAGCUUGCCGGCCCAAACUUAUUUCUGAGAAGUAAAUGGCACACUCUGCAUCGCAACGUUGCUAUCGGAGAUAUUGUCUGGUUGUGCGACCAAAAUGCAGUGAGGGGCCAAUUCAAGCUAGGACGGGUGGUGAGCGUAAAUCCAGAUGCUAAGGGCAUUGUUCGGGACGUAAACGUCAAAGUGGUCCAAAGCUCCUGCCUUCCUGUCACGAAACCCACACUAAAUCGGCCAUCCGCCAAAGUCCUGAAAGAAGCUACCCAAACCACGGUUCUGCACAGAGAUGUUCGACGCCUGGUUGUCUUACUACCAGUUGAGGACCAAACUCGGAGCUGACCGGCAGUAAGCAGGUGCUGAUUUACGAUCUUUCCAUCGGUUCCCGUGGGAAGAUCGAGUGGGAGGUGUGCUGACAAACUGCCUGGGAGCUCCUCCCAUUCAAUCAGUGGUGAACCAGGUGGAACAAAUCUUCCAAGCAAUCUGAGCAUGCCAGUACCUGGCUCUGUUGUCUUUAGACAGUGGAAGGAGCAUUAAAGAGCACCACAAAACCAAGGAACUUCAUCUUUGAAAUCAAGGUAUUUGUGCAAGAUCAAGCCCUCCACAAAACUGUGAAGGACAGCCGGUUUUUCACCUGUUUACUGCCAACCAAAGAAUGGUAAAUAAAAGACAAAGAACCGAUCCCAUGGCUGUUUGAGUGAAAUCCUGUUAAAAUCUUCAUGUGGAGGGACUGUCCCUUUCAAGUGGGGAAUUGC